UGUGCAUGUAAAGCCCAGAGAGACUAAUUUAAGACUCAAACAUGAAGCUCCUGAGACAUAAACCAUCACAAACAGACUCACACAUGAUCAUCAGGAUCAUAUCUCAGAUCUACAGUCACAGAAAGGGAUCAUGGACUUCAGUGGAAGCUGGAAACUGUGUGAACAGGAGAACCCAGAGGCGUUUCUCAGAGCCAUAUCGGCUCCGGAGAUUUACAUUAAAAUGAUGAAAGAAGUGAAACCUCUGACAACGAUCGAGCAGAAGGGAGAGGAGUUCAGCAUCUGUGUGAAGACGGCCCUCAGGAGCCACAGCAACACCUUCACCAUCGGCACUGAGAGCGACUUCAACACCAUGGACGGCAAGAAGAUCAAGGCAACAGCUCGACUCAUCGAUGGAAAGAUCGUGAUUGAAUCGGAUAAAUUCACACACGUGAGAGAGAUCCAGGGCGAGGAGAUGAUCGAGACACUCACCGCUGGAAGUGCGACUCUCGUCCGGAGAAGCCGCCGCGUUUAACCCAACCGGAUGAACUUCACUAUUGGAUUCUAAACUUUCCACAGUUUAACCUUUUUACUGUCUGUUUUGAGAAAAUU